AUGUGGAAGAUUGUGACAGUGGUUGUAUUAUGUUUGUGCACUUUAAAAUGCGGGGUAAAUGCGGAAAACGAUACAAAAACUACCACGGUGUCGAAUACGGAAUUUGAACCAGAAACAAUUGCUAAUGAUGGCGAACAUAGACGCACAUGCCACUGUCGUUGUGGAGAGCGCAACGAGGCUUCUCGUAUAGUUGGUGGUGUUGAGACAACGGUGAAUGAGUUCCCUUGGGUUGCACGGCUGUCUUACCACAACAAGUUUUACUGCGGCAGUUCCCUCAUCAACGAUAGAUUUGUUCUGACUGCAGCGCAUUGUGUAAAAAUGUUCAUGUGGUUCAUGAUAAAAGUCACCUUAGGUGAGCAUGACCGGUGCAAUAACACACACCGGCCCGUCACACGCUUCGUGACGAAUGUGAUCUCUCAGAACUUCAGCUACAGUAACUUCAAUGACGACAUAGCAUUACUAAGACUGAAUAACGUUGUACAAAUUACAAACACUGUAAAGCCCGUGUGUCUCCCAAUUGAUGUUGAUAAAACUUAUGUGGGAGUCAAUGCAAUAGCAGCGGGGUGGGGUACCGUAGGAGAAAAGAAGAACCAUUCUUGUUACCUUCAGGAAGUUGAAGUGCCGGUUCUAAGCAACGAGGAAUGUAAGGAAGGAAAAUAUUCAGCAAAAAUGAUUAGCGAUACGAUGAUGUGCGCUGGUUAUCUUAGAGAGGGGGGGAAGGAUACGUGUCAGGGUGACAGCGGAGGUCCACUGUCAGCUGAGAGAAGUGACAAGCGGCACGAACAGUUAGGUGUGGUUUCUUGGGGCAUCGGCUGCGGUCGAGUUGGCUAUCCGGGAGUCUACACUAGAGUGACGAAGUACCUGAAUUGGAUCAAAAAUGGAGCAAAAUCUGGAUGUUUUUGUACAGCUUAA